AUGGCAUCGCCCAGGACUAUCACCAUCAUCGCCCUCUCGGUGGCCCUGGGGCUCUUCUUUGUCUUUAUGGGGACCAUCAAGCUGACCCCGCGGCUGAGCAGAGAUGCUUACAACGAGAUGAAACGAGCAUACAAAAGCUACGUGCGGGCCCUCCCCAUGCUAAAGAAGAUGGGAGUCAGCUCCAUCCUUCUCCGCAAGAGCAUUGGUGCCCUAGAAGUGGCAUGUGGCAUUGUCAUGACACUGGUGCCUGGUCGCCCCAAAGACGUGGCCAACUUUCUCCUCCUCCUCCUUGUGCUGGCUGUGCUCUUUUUCCACCAGCUAGUGGGGGAUCCACUCAAGCGUUACGCCCAUGCCCUAGUCUUUGGGAUUCUGCUUACCUGUCGCCUGCUGAUCGCCCGCCAGCCUGAGGAACAGCCACCAGAAAAGAGGAUCCUGUCAGUGAAUGGGGAUGAGCAGCCACUCAUCCAUGAAGCAGCUUCUGAGAAAGGCAAAAUGAAGGUAUCCUAG